AUGAGAGAACUUUUGAACAAAGUGCUUCACGGGUCUGCCGCCUCUAAUGCCUCUCAAGUCCUCACAAUCCAACCACACCCACAAGAUGAUAAUCUCCUUUUCAUUUUCCCCGCGGGCGCACCAAAAGACGCUCCCUUGUACACCAUAUACAAAAAACCCAGCAGUUCAAGCUUUGUCAUGCACCGUGGUCAACCAGCUCCUAAUAACAUCAUUGCAAUGGCCACCAUGCACCUCAGCACAUCCAAGAUAGAUCUUUCAGUACACAACCAACCGAUGGUGAUAAAACAUAGCUCCAUGACAGGAAGUUGGUCAUUUCAAACCCACAUGGGCAAAUUCAAAUGGAAGGUCAAUCAAUUGACUGGGACAGGCUUUGAGUUGUAUGAUCAGAUGGGAAACAAAGUCGCCAAAUAUGGUAGUGCUGGUCUGACGCGCUUUACAGAGAAGCAAAUGAGCAUUUAUGUUCCUGGAGAUGAGUUCUUUAUUAUUAUGGCGCUGUUAUCUGCUGUAUCUUCCAAGGCGUUGGCCAAGAUUAUUGAUGAAGUGAUUGGCGAAGUUGCCGGGGCGGUAGGGGGUGCCGCUGGAUGA